AUCAGAGACAUGAAUCGAAUCAGACACCGCUGGGUGUAAAUGAAGAAUGAUGACCCUGGGGACUGCGAACCAAUCAAACACAGAAUCUGAUGCGCAAGCCUUUUUAUUAGAGGCCUUUGGAAUGCUUUACUAAAGUGGGCUUCCGCUUUUAUGUUGCAGCGUUGCAGCUGCCACGGAAGAAGAAAGCUGUUUCCUUUGAUCUUUGACUACAGCAGCACAACAACAAGAGUUGACAUAGACGUUUCAAGUCAUCUCUGAACUGGCUAGCUAGUAUAGGUAGCUAAUAGUACCGGUAGUGCUAUCCUUCCUGCUUCCAUUCCAAGGUUGGUGAAAGUGAUAGACUAGGUGUCAGGACUUGAUCUUCCGCUCUGCGAUUUGUGUGGAGAACUCUGCCGUUUUUUAAAGGAUAUAUCUUAUUUUUGAAGCAAAAGAUCCAAGAUGAGUGGCUACAACGUUAAAGGGGUUGUUUUGAGCUUUGGUGUCGGCCUUGCUGCUGGUGCCUACAUGGUGGCCCGUUCGAACAAGAAAGAGAAGCCAGACCCUGCCAAGAAGGCCGAACAGCACCUCUGGAAGGUUGCCGAAUACUCUUUGACCAGUGGUCUGAUCCGCGUCUGUGACGAGCUCCAGCUCUACGAUGCUCUUUGGGAAUCCGGUCCUUCCACGGCUGCAGAAUUGGCCCAAAAAAUGAACUGUAGCGAGCGCUGGUUGACCGAAAUCUUGUCGCAGGCUACGGCAGCAGGAAUCUGCGUCUAUUUCUUCGGCAAAUUCUGCUUGAAGCCAGAGUAUGCGCAUCUCUUGCGAGACCCCAAAAAGGCUCCUCGAUCGAUGCAGGGGCUCUUUGAGAUGGUCUACUGCAUGUUGGACAGGAGAAGCGCCACUGUGGAGUCCAUCAAAUCAGGACUGGGUGUCGACUACGAUUACGAAAAGUCAGACAUCUCGGCUGCCAUUGACCGAAAGAACUCGAACUGGUUCGAAAACAAGCUCGAGGACGAUGUCUUGAAGAAUGUCAAGGCUCCCAAAUCGGAAAAGAGUCUUGUCGACAUGCUCGAGGCGGGCAUCCAAGUAGCCGACAUUGGUUGUGGAUUUGGCGCCAGCACUGUGCAGAUGGCCAAGCGCUUCCCCAAGAGCCAUUUCUGUGCCUUUGAAGCUUCUCAGAAGGCACUCUUGAAAAUCAAGGAACGUGUCGAGGCUGCCGGGUUGACCAAUGUCACCGUAUGCAACGUCUUGGAAAAGAGCCUUGCGGAGGGAUCUUCCAGUGGUGGAAAGUUUGACUUUAUUUAUGUUCAUGAUGUCAUUCACGACAUGACCGAGCCAAAGAAGUUCCUAAAGGAAGCCAAGAAGGGGCUUUCUCCCGAUGGAUGCAUGGUGGUCGUCGACAUUGCUUGCUCGGACAACUUGAAAGAGAACAUUGCUCGACCAGAUGCUGCGGGUAUGUAUGGAUUUUCGUGCUUUUUGUGUCUGGCCUGCUCCACGUCGAAGAAAGGUGGGGCUGGAUUAGGAACCUGUGGAUUCCCAGAAAGCGUCGCUCGUAAGUGGACCGGUGAUGAAGGAUUCGAGUUCUUUGAAGUCUUGGAAAUAGAAUCGUUGCCCAGCAACGUGGCCUAUGUCGUGGCUUAGAGAGAGAGAGAGAGAUGCAUGGAGAGAGUUUGAGAGAGAGAGAUGAGAUGGAGAGCAAACUGUAGAGAACGAUUGAAUUCGAAGUCGGUGGCUUUGCUUCACCGUCGUUCAAUCAAUCACGAGGGAGUAACAUACAACAAAAUGAAUCAAUAAACUUACUUGUGUUCCAUUG